AUUUUCAGCAGCAGCCUCAGUGCGACUCUGUCAGUUGUAGGGUGUGUGGUCUCGCACUGCGUAGAAAUCGCAGCGAUGGAGGACACCAGCCCCAGUAAUCGUCAAUCUCCGACAAAACGCAUUUACAAAGUUGUCUUAACCGGAGGGCCAUGCGGUGGUAAAACUACAGGCCAGUCGCGACUCUGCACCUUCUUUGAGAACCUCGGCUGGAAGGUGUACAGAGUGCCGGAAACUGCAACCAUUCUCCUCAGCGGCGGUGUGAAGUUUGCAGACCUCACCGAAGAAGAAGCGCUGAAGUUCCAGGAGAACCUGCUGCUGGCCAUGAUCCAGCUGGAGGCCGUGUACUUCGACCUGGCGCGCUCCUGCCGCCGCAACUGCCUCAUCAUCUGCGACCGCGGCACCAUGGACGCCUCUGCCUUCAUACCUCAGCAGGCCUGGGACUGUAUCUUGGCGAACAACCACCUGAACACCCUCGAGCUCCGGGACAACCGCUACAACCAAAUCAUACACAUGGUGUCUGCUGCGGUGGGGGCGGAGGCCUUCUACAGUACAGAGGACCAUGUGGUGCGCAGCGAGAACCUGGACCUGGCGAGGGAGCUGGACCGCAAGGCCGCGCAGGCCUGGAUCGGCCACCCAUACUUCGACGUCAUCGAUAACACGUCUGACUUCGAUACCAAGAUCAAGCGCAUGAUCAGCAUGGUGUGCCAGAAGAUAGGCAUCGACACGGGCGAUCGACUCAAGAACAACGCACGCAAGCUCAAGUAUUUGGUGCUCGGACCUCUGCCCCCUGUUGACAAGUUCCCCAAGUUUAGGGACUUCACGGUAGAACACAUCUACCUGCGCACCAACUCCCGCAAGAUGCAAGCCCGCAUCCGCAAGCGCGGCGCCGACGGACGGCACUCGUACACCUACACGAUCAGGAAGCCGGAGAAGCUCGGCCAGAUCGUGGAGGUGCGGACUCAGGUGACCCAGCGGGACUGGAACACCGCCAAGGGUCAGGCCGACGACCAGCACUUCGUCAUAUACAAGACGCGGCGCUGCUUCCUCCAUAACGACCAGUACUUCCAGCUCGAUAUUUACCGCGAGCCCUGCCAUAAGAGGUGCAACGGGCUGAUGCUGCUGGAGACGUACUCGACGUUGACGGCGGAAGAGAUGACCACCCGUUUGCCUGCGUUCCUGAACGUCGCCAGGGACGUGACGGGCAACCCUGAGUUCAGCAUGUUCAACCUGAGCCUCCGUGAUGACUGGGAGAACAACUCCAAGUUCUGCGUGAACAUCGCCGGUAAGGACCUGAACAAAGGCGACAAGAACUGCCCUCUGGACCACAUGGAUGCCGAGGAGACGAGACUCAGGGCCGAGUGGGAGCGCGAGAUGGAAGUUAAUGAGAGCGAGUGGGAUUUUUAUCAGAAGAAGAUUGUCAAAAGUUUGUCUUCUGAGUCCCAUAAAGGUGGUGAAAGUGGUAGUGGUAGCGUCAACGGUGGUGGUAAUGGUUGUGUAAGUUCUAAUGGUGGUGAUCGUAACGGUGGUUGUAGGAGUAAGGCUGAAAAUUGCCGGGAAGCCGGAGGUGACGUCAUCGAUGCCGGUAACAACGUCGCUGGAGAUGAUGAGUUCAGAAUAAAGGACGACGAUGAUCAGUUCUAUGAAGAUAUGGAUAAGAAAUACAACGGCACGCGCGUCAACAGUGAAGGUGCCGCUGUUAACGGCCAUGCGUAGUGAUGGAGACUAAUAUGUCUCAAGCUCAUCAAGUAUAACGAAUUAUUCCAGUUGUCGAACACUGCACUACCGCUGUACCUAUGCUGUACUACCGCUGCAUGACCGCUGUAGGACCGCUGCACGACCGCUGCACGACCGCUGCACGACCGCUGCACGACCGCUGCACGACCGCUGCACGACCGCUGCACGACCGCUGCACGACCGCUGCACGAUCGCUGCACGACCGCUGCACGACCGCUGCACGACCGCUGCACGAUCGCUGCACGACCGCUGCACGAUCGCUGCACGACCACUGCACGACCAUACUGGUGCAAAAAGCUAUUAUGUUUGAAAUCAAGUAUGCGGAUGAGCUUCAGUUGGGGAUUUUAACAGAUUAUUGCUGCACCAAAACAAGCGUGGACGUAGCGCCCUGUUUUACUUACUGCUAUCCCGGCAAUGUUUUUGACAGCGCUGUUUAUUGUUAACGUAAUAACGUCUAAUUUGUACACUUAAUACUUCAGUAUUCACUUUCAAAAAUCACAGAACCAAAAGUGUGUUAAUGCUUUAUUUAUGCAACACAUUCUCAUGUAUUUACGAGUUAUAUGUAAAAAUGACGUAUUUUCACUGCACUCAAACCUAAAACCACCUCUCAGGUCCCAGUAACACUAAAUGUGAUUUCAGCCAUAUGCAUAUAUUAUACUAUCACGUUUACAACUGUCUCGUUCAAUUGGAAGUUGAUCGACUAUUGCGUCAAGAUUAAUAAUAUGGUAGAUAUUUUAAAUUACAAUAUAUUUGUACAAUGAUUCUUCACUUUGACGGCUGUGAAACAGACGUACGCCAACAAAAUCCAUCAUAAAAUCCUAUUUUAAAUUAAUUGUGAGUUUUUAAACUACAAUAGUCUAUUAAGAAGAGAGUUUUCACGGGCGUUACUUUAUAUUGUUGUUGUGUCAAUUAAAUAAUAAAUCUAUAUGCUUACGCGUAAUUUUUAUGCUAGAAGUUGGAAAUAAUAAAUUGUAUGUUGCUGCAUCUGUUGAGCCUGGUGCGUUUAUGUGAAAAAUACCAGUGCAUUGUUACUAGAAUAAUUUGUGUGAUUUCUUGCAAUCAAGGAAAUGAGUUUGGUAAAUUGGACCACUUUGUCGAGUCCUGUGCUUGACUCACUUUGGACACUUUAAUGGGUUACACUCUUUAAUGAGUUAAACACUUUAAUGGGUUACACACUUUAAUGGGUUACACUCUUUAAUGAGUUACACACUUUAAUGGGUUACACACUUCAAUGGGUUACACACUUUAGUGUGUUACACACUUUAAUGGGUUACACACUUUAAUGGGUUACACACUUUAAUGGUUUACACUCUUUAAUGAGUUACACACUUUAAUGGGUUACACACACUUUAAUGAGUUACACACUUUAAUGGGUUACACGCUUUAAUGGGUUACACACCUUAAUGGGUUACACACUUUAAUGGGUUACACACCUUAAUGGGUUACACACUUUAAUGGGUUACACACUUUAAUGGGUUACACGCUUUAAUGGGUUACACACUUUAAUGGGUUACACACUUUAAUGGGUUACACACCUUAAUGGGUUACACACUUUAAUGGGUUACACACCUUAAUGGGUUACACGCUUUAAUGGGUUACACACUUUAAUGGGUUACACGCUUUAAUGGGUUACACACUUUAAUGGGUUACACAUUUUAAUGGGUUGCACACUUUAAUAGGUUACACACUUUAUUGGGUUACACACUUUAAGGGAUUACACACUUUAAAGGGUUACACUCUUUAAUGAGUUACACACUUUAAUGGGUUACACACUUUAAUGAGUUACACACUUUAAUGGGUUACACACUUUAAUGAGUUACACACUUCCAACUUAAAGCAUAACCUACGGGCUUGAGAUAUAAAGUCUCUAAAACCUGCUAAAUUGCAUGGAUUCAUUUUUGGACUCACCGGAGUGAGUCACCUCGACUCCCUCAUAUGUUUGAGUGUAAAUUAUUUUUUCCCGAGUAAAAAUCUACAUUGGUGCAAGUGCCGGCAUUUGCAUAUCAUCUUGAGCUGCAAUAACGUAAGGUUUUACACUCAAAUAAUUGAAUGGGUACUAUUGUCCAAAUAGUGAUCCACUUUUUUUACCAACAGCGUGAGUAGAAAAGUGACGUAGCAUUGAUACUCCCUUUACCGAGCCAUACUGGGUCAAGAUGACCCACAAAAACGCUAUAAGUGUAUCACUAUUUAGACAAAGUCUCGCUCGGUUCUCUGAGUGUCUUAAGCCUCCACCGCUUGACGUGAACAAAAUAAAUAAGCACAAAUAUCGUCUGCUUGAUUUUGUCUAAUUAUUGCGAGUUGAAUAAUUCAUGUGUUAAUGUUGUAAAUUUGUAUUUUUUAUAUAUUCUAUGAUGUUUCUUGUUGAUGUCGUUUCGCUUUUGACAAUUUAAAUUAUUCACCUUCAAAAAUGUAUAAAAUCGGUCAUCUUAAAAAUAUUGAAUUUGAACAGCGACGUAUUGCGAGGUGAUAAAGCCAUUGUAUUUUUCCUUAAUAUUUAAUAGUUUAAUUUGGCACGGUAACUAGUUACUAUCUUGUAAAACCAUUGUAUUUUUCCUUAAUAUUUAAUAAUUUAAUUUGGCACGGUAACUAGUUACUAUCUUGUCACUGUAACUCAUAACCAGGCUUUCAGGUACGAAUGGACUUUACGACGAUCGAUAUCUACGUAGCUAAAUAAUUCUUGGUAGUUUGUUGAUUUAGUUCGUUAACUGUGUUUUACGAACGUUUUGAACUACCGAUUGUUUGUUCCAGCUGAUGAGUGUGAACUUAAACCGAGUUGCAUUUUCUAUAACAUCGUACGUGUGACAUAUUAAUUGUUAUUAACGUAAUUUUAUGAAUGUUUAUUGAGAUUGGCUGAACUUAAUUAAGAAGUUAAUUAAGUCGUAAUUCUAUUAUAAUGCAUCCUCUAGGGCAGGAAUUUCUUUAACUGUAGCAGGUAAAGAGUAAAUUUCGCCCGUUUUUUAGAGCCUUGAAGAUGCGGUGUAUGUGCAUUCCAUUGAACAAUUGAUCGUUGUUGAAUCUUGAUCGUUCUUGGGUUUCCUACGUAGGGUAUGUAUGGCGAAAAAUUGUUUUGCUGUAUUUUAUAACAUCGUUUAUCCACGUUCAAUAUUAAUUCAAAAUGAUUUAUCGCGGUGGAUGUUAUUGAAAUUUUCGUAUAGGUUAUCAAGUAAUAUUGGCCAUUACUUAAGUUUAGUUCGAGCGGUCGACCUGAUAAUUACCUUUAGAAAUUAGUUGAAAUUUAGUUAAGUUAUUAGUAUAAAGGCCGAGAUAAGCAUCUUGAAGAUAACGUGAGGUGCUUUGCUCUAUUAUUAUUACAGGUUUUAAAUGGGUAUAAUGUAUCAUAUUUUUUUAAAACUUGCAUCGAAUUCGACGCGGUUCUAGACUCGUGCAAAUACACCAUGUCUCGUUUACAACCGAAUUAAUUAAUUUUAAAGUAAUUUUUUUGUAUUAAAUGUAAUAUAAAUUAAAUUAUCCUAUAAAAUCUUGAACGAAAUAUUUACGGUAACUGCAACUCGAGGAAUUCAUUUUGCAUUUUAAUUGUGUAAAUAUUGAUGAAUACAUUUGAACGUGUGCAUGGACAACAUGUAUCAAUAAAAAAGUAUGGAAAAUCAAAAUAAUAAUAAUAAUAAUGUUCAAAAAUAAUGUUGAAAUGUUUAAGAAGGUAUGACCGAGUAUCACGCGCGACGAACUUUUUAGUUCGGCUUGUGGCCAAAAAAAUUGCUAUGGUGCGCAUUAAUGAGAGCUCGCUUCACUCUCAAUUAUAUAUCAACUAAUCAACUGAGCAUAAAAAUGAAAAUAUUUAUGUGUAAAAAUUUUUAACGAGGGAAUCAUGAACCCGGUUCUUAUUAAAGUUGAAUGAAUUGGUAAGUUGAAAGCGGCGUUUCUUAUUGUCGAGUCUAUUGUGUAACGUUUAGGUUGUUUAAGAACCGAGCUCCCGAGUUGCUAUUGUUUUAAGCAAAUAAUUUUAUUGCGUCGAGCGCUCAGUGUGACUAUAAAACUUGAUCUCGGUGAAUCCCAUUCAAAUUAAGACUCGAGAAAUGAAUGGAUCAUUUUGUCCAAAUAUUGACACACUGCCUGCACUGAUGCACCCUUUGCCGAACCUAACUGUAUGGGUUCAGGAUUAGUCCUGAUAUAUAAAAGGACAAAAGUGCGUUGCUAUUUGAACUUGGGACUCGCUUAUUUAUAUGAGUGUGAAGAGGCCGAUAUAUUUCAACCUCCCCUGGGUGAAGGGGGAGGGGUGGAUUUACGAAGACUUUAAUAAAGAUCAAAAGCUGAUGAUAUUCGCCUGCGAAUUUUUUUAUGUAUUCUGGCGAUGAUGAAAAACCAUGAAUAAGAAAAGAGUUCACGUUUGUCUUAAUUCUAACAAUAAUCGUUAUAAUAAUGAAAGUGAUUGUUUAAAGUUGGCAAUUUGCAGCCAUUAAUUGAUACCUUUUGCCUUUCCUCAAUGUCGCUCGUAUGUUGAUGAGUUCAACGUUGUUAUGUCAACUCGAUAGAAACACAAAUAUUGUUCCAUUUUAUUGGAGAAAAAUUUCAGGACUACGUAAACAGAGAAAUGUUGUAUUGCGAAAAUAGUGUAAUUUCAAAAUAUCCACUGAUAACGAUAACGGCAAGUAGGUUCAAUAUUCGAGUCACAAAACUUUUGUUUCAUUCAUGUACUGAUAAAUCCAUGUAUUAAUAAUUUUAUUAGCAAGGUUUAUAUGUUUUGCUCCUGCUAGUGUACUUGGAGAUCUCUGUAUUUUAUGUGUUGUUUGUUUGUAUUAACAAUUAUGUUGUAUGUAGCAAUAACGGUCCUUCACUCACUCUGUUUGGGCUUGUGUAUUUUUUAUCCGUUGAAUUAAUUGAUGUUCUUGUAUUUUUGUAAUAAUUCAUUUUUUCGUUUGUUACUCUAGUUAUGCUUAAUGAGAAUUUGUGUGCUGUGUUUUACUCACAGAUUUUAUGCUACUUUUCUCGUAUAGUUAAUACACGUGACGUGACACAAGUUGAUACACAUGACACAAUCUUCAGCAACCCAAUGCCAUUUUACUUACUCUUUGAUUUUUUUUAAGAUAUAAAUAAAAAUUUGAUUUGAAUUUACGCGGGACACGUAAUGUUCUCAUCAUUUGUCGCAUCUUACCUCGUUCAAGUUCAUGAAAACCUGUCAAUGCUGAAAAAUUUGGCAUUGAAUGAGGCUGAGACAGAACGCGCUCAUGCUAGUUGAUUUAUCAACAGAGGAAAUAAACCUAAUAACUUAAUUUAAAUAACAUGAAGAAUAAAACCACUACGUAUAUCGCUAUUAAACGCAGUUCCUGAAUCUCUAAAAUACUUUUCGCUGCAGAGGUGAAUUUUUUUUACUGGAAUCUAUUCUAAAUUUAUUUGGUUACCCCCGUUGAACUAGACCUCUCGAACAUGUGCAGCUCAAUAUGGGAGCAAUGUGCUGGAUGAUAGUACAAUCCUUAUAAAAUUAUUUUGUACGUUUUUAUAUCACUGACACUGAAGACUUUAAUUAAAUGUGCGGCGCAAUGCAAGGUACAAAUGUACAAAAAUCUCGUACGUUUGUACUACACGCACGAAGUUCACAUUAUGUGCGUGGCCCAACGAGAAUUAAAGUACGUAUAUCUAUUACCCAUUUGAGAGAAAUUCGAUAUUCAAAUCAUAUGCUUGAGUGGCCUAAUGAAAGUAAAAGUGUACUAAAAACUUGGUGCUUUUUGUACUACACUGAGAGAUAUGAAUGGGUCAUAUUGUCUAUAUAAUGACACCCUACGCACCUGGCGAUGAUACACCCUUAUGCCUGGCUAAAAUGAGUCAGGGUCAGUCUCCCAUACAAGAGCUAAAAGCGCAUCGUUAUUUGGACGAAGUCUCCUCAUUUCUCUGAGUGUAGACAUGGUGUCGUGGUAGAUUGUGUAGCACUUGCGCGUAGGUAGCUGCAAAAUCCUCCUACUACUACUCAAACACGUAGAGUGAGAAAUGUGUAACUUAGAAAUAUUAAUGUAUAAUAUAACGUUAUUAAUAUUAAUAACAAAAGUGUUAUGGUUGAUGUUGCUCGUUGUAAUGGCGUUCACGUCUAUAUAAUCCGAACCUUAUUUUUGCUGAUAAUAAAUGACCUCACUGUUA